AUCUGGCACAAGUCUCUCAAAUCUACCCAAACCUUGCGAUGCCGCCCAAGCGUUUGCCAAAGGUGUUCGUCCUCCGACAUGGGGAGACUGAGUGGAGCCUUACUGGGCAAUAUACGGGGAUCACUGAGCUGGAGCUGACGCCGCCUGGGGUGUCGAUGGUUCGCGAGCUGGGGGAAAAGGCUGUCGGUCCUGGAAAGCUGAUCGAUCCUGGGCUUAUAUCCAAAGUGUUCAUCUCCCCUCGCCUGCGAGCACGGCACACUUUCGAACUGCUAUUCUCUUCCUCUCCCGUCAAGCCCGUGCUUAACGUGGAGGAACGAUGUCACGAGUGGACAUAUGGAGAAUACGAGGGGUUCUAUGCCUGGCAAGCUGCUGCUUCCCGUGCUGCUAAGGGGUUGCCAAGCGGGGAAGAAGGCUGGGAUCUCUGGACGGACGGGUGCGAGGGCGGCGAGAGCCCAGAGGACGUGACGAAGCGCGCAGACGAGGUGGUCGGCUUGGUCAAGAAGGUACACCGGCAGUGGUACGAGGACCCGCACAGGAAAGAGAAGGACGAAGGCGGAGAUGUACUCAUCAUCAGUCACGGGAAUUUCUCCAGGUGCCUGUUGGCAAGAUGGCCUGGGCUUCCACUCAAGGACGGCAAGAUGUUUGCACUUGAUCCGGGUGGAGUCUGCAUUGGCCAGUACGACGGCAAGUUGAACAAGCGUGUGCUCGGAGCUCUGAAUGUCGGAAUGAUAUAGUCAACCAUUUGUCCAGAACGAUGAUCUACAAAUACUUGAAUGAGAACCCCUCAAAGUUUGCCUUUGUCCCUUUUUCAUUCUUCGGCCCACACACCAUGGGGCCGAUUCUCCACUUGCCACCAUUGCUCGUCUUCUGCUUUCCCGCAGCAUCCACGUUGAACGCCUUCACCUCGCGCAUCAUGAGCAGCUCCCCGUCAGACGGGAUAUUCGUCCACUCUGUGGGCUGGGCGAACGUGUGCCGCACGGUGAGUGUGCUUCCCGUGCGUGUGAUUUGGAUGUAGAGGGAGUAGUAGCCCGAGUUAAGCGUCGAGGUGGAGUGCGGUGAGAGCGCGAUGGACCAGUCGGACCACGGGGAAGCGGUAACGCAUCCGAUCCACUCCUUCCCUCCAUCCAACUCAAUUCCCGUCUUGAGCCAGUCAAAGUCCAGCUUAUCACCCUCAUCCCCAGCGAUAACCAUCAAACACCCCUGAUCAUACUGCGUUCCCCACUCUCCAUUGAUCCACACCCCACACACCCAGUCUUUCGCGCCGUCAAUAGUGUACCCAAAGAGCGUUCCUGUGCGCCGAUCUGCCGGGUCAGGCUCUGGGGUAUGCCACCAGUCGGUCUCCGGGGGUGCAGUGAUGGUCACCCCACCUGUGGAAGUCGAGACUACCUGCUGUGCAACGGGCAAGACUUUGAAUGCAGAUUCUUUCCCCUCUUCUGAUGAGAGAGAGAUGAAGACCAUGUUGAGUGCCGAAG